AUGGCUUCCGGCAUGAUGAUGACGACGACCCGCGCGCUCGCCCCCGUGGCCGCGCGAUCCGCCUCGCGCGGGGUCAGGGCCGCGGUCAGGGCCGGUCCCUCCCGCGGCUUCGCGCCCUCCCUCGGCGCCAGGCGCUCGGUGUACUGCAAGGCUGUGGAGGCCCCCGUCAACCCCACCGAGCUCAAGCCCCCCGCGAACCUGCACGGCUUCGAGCUCGUCCGCGAGGACUACGUCGCCGAGUACGACUCCAAGGUGUUCUUCUUCCGCCACGCCAAGACGGGCGCCGAGGUCAUGAGCCUGAGCAACGACGACGAGAACAAGUGCUUCGGCGUCACCCUCCGCACGCCCCCCGCCAACUCCACCGGGAUUCCCCACAUCCUCGAGCACUCCGUGCUGUGCGGCUCGCGCAAGUACCCCAUCAAGGAGCCCUUCGUGGAGCUCAUCAAGGGCUCCCUGAACACCUUCCUCAACGCCAUGACCUACCCCGAUCGCACCUGCUACCCCGUCGCGUCGUGCAACCUCCAGGACUUUCGCAACCUCGUGGACGUCUACCUCGACGCGGUGUUCCACCCGCGGUGCGUCGACAACGAGAAGACGUUCCAGCAAGAGGGGUGGCACUACGAGCUGGAUUCACCGGACCAGGAGAUGACGUUCAAGGGCGUCGUGUACAACGAGAUGAAGGGGGUGUACUCCUCCCCGGAUUCCGUCCUGGCGAGGGAGGCGCAGCAGGCGCUCUUCCCGGAUAACACCUACGGGGUGGACUCGGGCGGCGAUCCCACCGUGAUCCCCCAGCUCACGUUCGCGGAGUUCAGGGACUUUCACGGCAAGUUCUACCACCCCUCCAACUCCAGGAUGUGGUUCUACGGCGACGACGACGUGGAGGAGCGACUCAAGAUCCUCGACUCGUUCCUGUCCGAGUUUGACAGGAAGGAGAUUGACUCCACCAUCGCCACCCAGAAGUACUUCACCGAGCCCAAGAGGGUCGUGGCGUCGUACGUCGCGGGCGAGGGCGAAGAGGCGGACAAGUCCUUCGUGCAGGUCAACUGGCUGCUCAACGACGGACCUUUCGACACCGAGACGGCGCUCGCGGUCGGGUUCCUCGAUAACCUCCUCCUCGGCUCACCCGCGGCGCCGCUCAGGAUGGCGCUCGAGGAGUCCGGCCUCGGCGAGGCCAUCGUGGGUUACGGCCUCGAGGACGAGCUCAGGCAGCCCACGUUCGCGAUCGGCCUCAAGGGCGUGGCCAAGGAGGACAUUCCCAAGGUUGAGUCGCUCAUCACCGAGACGAUCGCCAAGAUUGCCGAGGAGGGGUUCACCCAGGCGGCCAUCGACUCGUCCGUCAACUCCAUCGAGUUUGCCAUGCGCGAGAACAACACCGGUCGCUUCCCUCGCGGCCUCUCCCUCAUGCUCCGCUCGCUCUCCGCGUGGUUGUACGAGGGCGAUCCCGUGGAGAUUCUCAGGUUCGAGGAGCCUUUGGCCAAGCUCAAGGCGAGGAUGGCCAAGGAAGAUGUCUUCACGCCGCUCAUCAAGAAGAUGCUCAUCGACAACACCCACAAGGUGACCAUCGAGCUCAACCCCGACAAGGAGCUCGGUAAGGUGCAGGACGACGAGGAGAAGGCCAAGGUUGCCGCCUACCGCGCGGGUCUCUCCCCCGAGGAGAUCGAGAAGGUUGUCGCCGACACGGAGGAGCUCAAGAGACUCCAAGAGACCCCGGAUUCCCCCGAGGCGCUCGCGUGCAUCCCCGCGCUCGACAUCACCGAUAUCCCCAAGGAGGCCAAGUCCAUCCCCACGGACGUGUCCACCGUCGGUGCCACCACCAUGCUCACCCACGAUAUCUUCACCAACGACAUCCUCUACGCCGAGCACCUCAUGGAUCUUCACGCCGUCCCCAUGGACCUGAUGCCCCUCGUGCCCCUGUGGUGCCGCGCCAUGCAGCGCAUGGGUACCUCCAAGCGAUCCUUCGUCGACUUUGACCAGCUCAUGGGCGCCACCACCGGCGGUUUCUCCCUCUCCCCGUUCACCUCCUCCAUCCGCGGCUCUGACGACGUCUCCGCCUACCUCGUGCUCCGGGGCAAGUCCACCAGCGCCCAGGCCGGCCAGCUCCACGACCUCAUGGCCGAGAUGAUGCUGCAGGCCAAGCUCGACGACAAGGAGAUCUUCAAGCAGCUCGUGCUCGAGUCCCGCGCGUCGAUGGAGUCGCGGGUCCAGUCUGGCGGCCACUCCGUCGCGGCUGGCAGGCUCGACGCCAUGGACUCCGUCGCCGGGUACGUCGGCGAGCAGCUCGGCGGCCUCGCGCAGCUCGAAUACCUCAAAACCCUCGCGAAGAGGAUCGACACCGACUGGGACGGCGUCGUCGCCGACCUCGAGAAGAUCCGCGCCGCCGUGGUGUCCCGCGCCGGAUCUGUCACGAACCUCACCGCGGACGCGAAGACGUUGGAUGCCACCGCCGGGGCGGUGCAGUCGUUCCUCGACGCGCUCCCGGCGGAGGGUACCGGCGCCGCCACCGAGGCGUGGAGCAAGGACCUCGUCCUCCCGCCCGUCAACGAGCUCAUCACCGUCCCCACCCAGGUCAACUACGUGGGCAAAGGCGCUAACCUGUACAAAUCGGGGUACGAGCUCCACGGCUCUGCGUACGUCAUCAACAAGCUCCUCGGCACCACCUGGCUCUGGGACCGCGUGCGCGUGUCCGGGGGUGCCUACGGAGGGUUCUCCGACUUUGACAGCCACAGCGGCAUGUUCAGCUACCUGUCCUACCGCGAUCCCAACCUCCUGAAGACCAUCGCCAACUACGACGGAACGGUGGAGUUUUUGAAGGACAUCUCGCUCGACAAGGAUGAGCUGACCAAGGCGAUCGUCGGCACCAUGGGCGACCUGGACUCGUACCAGCUCCCCGAUGCAAAGGGCUACACCGCGCUCAUGCGCCAUCUGCUCAAGGUUAAGGACGAGGAGAGACAGCAACGCAGGGAGGAGGUGCUGGCGACGACGGAGAAGGAUUUCAAGAAGUUUGGCGAGGUGCUCGAGGCGACCAGGGCUCCGGAGGCGAGGGUGUGCGCCGUGGUGUCGCCGGACGCGGCCAAGGCGGCGAUGAAGGAGAGACCCGACCUCGACUUCAAGGUCACCUCCGUCAUGUGAUCGCGGUCAUCGAAACUCCAACGCCCGCGCACGCUUUUGCUUUUAACAAUUCAACUCUCGUUCAUC